AUGGGUUGUACGCUGAGCGCCGAGGACAAGGCAGCGGUGGAGAGGAGUAAAAUGAUCGACCGGAACCUCCGCGAGGAUGGCGAGAAGGCUGCGCGUGAGGUCAAGCUGCUGCUGCUCGGUGCUGGUGAAUCUGGGAAAAGUACAAUUGUAAAGCAAAUGAAAAUUAUCCACGAAGCUGGUUAUUCAGAAGAGGAAUGCAAACAGUAUAAAGCAGUGGUCUACAGUAACACUAUCCAAUCAAUUAUUGCUAUCAUUAGGGCCAUGGGGAGGUUGAAGAUAGACUUCGGUGACUCAGCUCGGGCUGAUGAUGCCCGCCAACUCUUUGUGCUUGCUGGGGCUGCUGAAGAGGGCUUUAUGACUGCAGAACUUGCUGGAGUUAUAAAGAGAUUGUGGAAAGAUAGUGGUGUCCAAGCCUGUUUCAACAGAUCCCGAGAGUACCAACUAAAUGAUUCUGCAGCAUACUAUUUGAAUGACUUGGACAGAAUAGCACAACCAAAUUAUAUUCCAACUCAACAAGAUGUUCUCCGAACUAGAGUGAAAACCACAGGGAUUGUUGAAACCCAUUUUACUUUCAAAGAUCUUCAUUUUAAAAUGUUUGAUGUGGGAGGACAGAGAUCUGAGCGGAAGAAGUGGAUUCAUUGCUUUGAAGGAGUGACUGCGAUUAUCUUCUGUGUAGCACUUAGUGACUAUGACCUGGUUCUAGCUGAAGAUGAGGAAAUGAAUCGAAUGCAUGAAAGCAUGAAGCUGUUUGACAGCAUAUGUAACAACAAGUGGUUUACAGAUACAUCUAUUAUACUUUUCCUAAACAAGAAGGAUCUCUUUGAAGAAAAAAUCAAAAAGAGCCCUCUUACUAUAUGCUAUCCAGAAUAUGCAGGAUCAAACACAUAUGAAGAGGCCGCUGCAUAUAUUCAGUGCCAGUUUGAAGACCUCAAUAAAAGAAAGGACACAAAGGAAAUAUACACCCACUUCACAUGUGCCACAGAUACUAAGAAUGUGCAGUUUGUUUUUGAUGCUGUAACAGAUGUCAUCAUAAAAAAUAAUCUAAAAGAUUGUGGCCUCUUCUAAGUUGUGCAGUCAAUGGUGAAAUGCAUUUUUCAAACCAAAUGAGUACUUAACAUGUGGAUCUCUCUAGACUAGAGUCUUGCAGCAACACAGAAUGUAGUAUACAGCAAAUGCCUCUGGGACCUGACCAAAGUUGUUCUGUUUUUUUUUUAUUUUUUAUUUUUUUUAACUGAAACUAACAGAAGAACCUUUCUUAAAUGUGAAAGAUGGUCCUGCAGUGUGAAACUGAAGGACAGUGUUCAAGCUGGGCUCUAGUGUAUUGAUGAUUUCUGCGAAAGUGUAAAUAUGCAAAUGUAUGUAUACAUGUAUUUAUAAGUUUAGUUUUGCACAUUAUUUUAGGUUUUAAGAACGACAGCUCAAGAUUCUAGUGUGAAUGGCUUUGGAAAUAACAGAAAUACUGAGUAACUUGUACUGAAUGACAGAUUAUUGCCAUAUUUGCCAGUUUUAAACAGCUUUAUUUAUGUCCAUGUCCUCUAAAUUUUUAAGUAUAGAAAUCAAUAUUAGGAAACGUUAUGGGACUUUAUCUUGAUUAUAUGUAUACUUGUAAUCAUAAAAAUGUUAUUUGUA